GCCUGUCACUGCUGCGGCGCUGCUCGCUGGUCGUUCCCCUGAAGACAGCGGAGGCGGUGGCGGCUCCAGACACCUGCGGCGGCGACCCCCCGGCGACGGCGCGGAGAUGUGGCCCUUGGUGGCGGCGCUGUUGCUGGGCUCCUGCUGCUGCGGUUCAGCUCAACUACUGUUUAGUAAAGUCAAAUCUGUAGAAUACACCAAGUGCAAUGAUACUGUCGUCAUCCCUUGCAAGGUCCUUAAUGUGGAGGCACAAAGCACCGAAGAAAUGUACGUGAAGUGGAAGUUAAACCAAACAUAUAUUUUCAUCUAUGACGGAAGUAAAAACAACUCUACUGUAGAGACCAACUUCAGCAGUGCGAAAAUCUCAGUCUCAGACUUACUGAAAGGUGAUGCCUCUUUGAAAAUGGGUAGGACUCAGGCUGUCGUGGGAAACUAUACUUGUGAAGUCACAGAAUUAUCCAGAGAAGGCAAAACAGUUAUAGAGCUGAAACACCGCAUGGACUCCAACUCUAGCCACGGAGCAGACUGUUCUAACCACACUACCCCAGCAGGGGACGAGAAGGAGAAAGGAGGUUGCACAUUAGCGUCAUGGUUUUCUCCAAAUGAAAAGAUCCUCAUUGUUAUUUUCCCAAUUUUGGCUAUACUCCUGUUCUGGGGAAAAUUCGGUAUUUUAACGCUUAAAUAUAAAUCCACUCGAACGAAUAAGAGAAUCAUUCUGCUGCUCGUCGCCGGGACGGUGCUCACUGUCAUCGUCAUUGUUGGAGCCAUUCUUCUCAUACCAGGAGAAAACCCUGUAAAAAGCGCUUCUGGACUUGGCCUCAUUGUCAUCUCUAUAGGAAUAUUAAUACCGCUUCAGUACAAUGUGUUUAUGACAGCAUUUGGGAUGGCCUCUUUCACCAUUGCCAUAUUGAUCACUCAAGUGCUGGGCUACGUCCUUGCUCUGGUUGGACUGUGUCUCUGCAUCAUGGCUUGUGAGCCAGUGCACGGCCCCCUUUUGAUUUCAGGUCUGGGUAUCAUAGCUCUAGCAGAACUACUUGGCCUAGUUUAUAUGAAAUUUGUUGCUUCCAACCAGAGGACUAUACAGCCUCCUAGGAAAGCUGUAGAGGAACCCCUUAACGCAUUUAAAGAAUCAAAAGGAAUGAUGAAUGAUGAAUAAGUGAGGGGCACUGAUGGACUGUGUCUGGAGAGUCAGACGCGAAGGAACACAGUGUGUCUAAGCACCCUGGCCCUGCUGACUCUGAGAAGAAAACAUAAACAGCAGUAACUGACUUUCAUCUAUGGAAGAUGUGUUGGCCCAUAGAUGAUGAUCAACGCAGCUGUAAUUUACUCAAUAAAUGAAUCAUGAUUGUGUUGUGUAACCAAUUGAAAUCCAUUUUUCUAUUGUUUCUACUCAACAAGGGGCAAAAGAAUCAGGGGCAACUUCCAAGAAUGAUGCUGGCUAGAUCCUCGAGUCUCUGGACACUGGGUUUAAAUCAAUUCUGUAUCAGACUUGCCUAGCAUUAACCUGAUGGUUACCCAGAGAUACCCAUGACAAACAGUGGUAUCCAGCAAGCCUUAGUAAACUCAGGUUCCCAGCAGCUUUGUCAUUCGUGCUGCUAGCUGUAUAAUGUGACUGCCACUUCCAGAUCAUAGGGACAGAGACUAAAGUAGAAUAAUGAAUUUGGCGGCGCAAAUCCUGUACGCCCGCUAUGUGUGCUAUGAUAUCAGUAGCACUAGUGUCUUCAUUCUUGGGGCUUGCCUCCAUCCACAGUCCCCCCGCCUCUUGACAUAAUGCACACCCAGAUUUUGGAUUCUUUUUUUUUUCUUUAUCAAUGUGGAUUUCUUUGCACCCUGUCCUGUCCUGCUACUUGCGUUUGCGGUACAAGAUGCAGUACCCUUUCUCCUCUUCAGACACGGUCCUGUGACACAGUAGUGUCAGUCGCAGAAAGGAGCCAGACUUAUUCUCAAAGCACUGUGCUCACUCACACUCUUCAGCAAAAAAAUAGCAAUGGUUGUAACAUAUGUAUUCAAGACCUCUGGUUUGAAGGCAAAAAAAAAAAAAAAUCUACAGUGUUUCUUGCCGUGUUUUCUGAUCGGAGGCAUGACCAAGCAAGACUGAGAUCUGAACUAUGCGUCUCCUGCAUGGCAACAUGUGUCUCCAUCAGGCCCUAGCAAGGCCAGGGGGAGGAGGUUUUACGCCUGUUGUCUCUUUGUUGCAUGAUGAACACUCAUCACCUUCCUCCUGUAUCCCACCUCUGCCUCCUCCUCUUCCCCUAAGUUUGAAAAGUAAAACAAAACCACCACAUUCCCUACCCCGUUUAGAAGAAACCAGCGUCCUGAGAGUUGUGAUCGCAUGGAGUACUUUUAGAUUAUUAGCACUUGUUUUUUAUCCCGUUUGUGGACGUGUUUGUAUGUGCACAUGUAUAAGGUAGGCACAUGCAUCUUCUGUACCAACAAAAGGGAGACAUCUACAGAAGAGCAAAUGCUAACUUUGUGCUUUUAGUAAAUACAUUUAAAAACAAAGGUCCUUAUUCGGUGGAAUUAUAUUUGAUGCAAAUGUUUGAUCACUUUAAAACUAGGUAAUGUGCCAAGCUUUUUUGACUGCUGACCAAUGCCCUCUAAAAAAAAAAAAAAA